GUUUUUUUCUCUUCCAUACCCACAAAAUUCUUGACUCAUACUCAAACGCGCCAUGCCACCCAAACGCAAAUCUGACGCGAUUGACCUCUCUAAGGACUCUGAAGAUGAGAAUUAUACUCCCAAAUCGCCUGUUACGGCUCCCGCGAAAAGGGCACGCGUCUCGAAUGCGUCCGAGGUUGCUCCUGGUAACGCUGAGGCAUCUUCGUCGAAAGGGAAGAGUGACCUAGAGUCGCUCAAGAGUGCACCGAAGAGUUGGAAGGAUAUCGAGUUAGAAGGAGAAGACGAGGGUGAAGUUCCUGUAUACGAUGAUUGCAACGAGAUCCGACGGAAGAUCCGUCUAUUACAGAAGGACCCCAACUUCAAGAUCACACAUUGGCUGAAGGAAAUCGGAGAUAUCAACAGCAACUCAUGCCAAAGGUUCAUGAAAGCAUCCGGCGCAAAUGGUGGUGCCUCUAAUGGCACAUAUUAUGCUGCGUACGUUACUAGCCCUAUUGCGGUCGUUGACUGGGCUGAUUCGGCAGUAAUAGUUACGUGUACUUUGAAAAGGUCCGCAUUUUCGAAGGCAAAAAGAAGACGGCGAAACGCGAGAGGAACGAGAUCGAGCAUCCUAGAGGGUUCCCACUUCGAGCCAGCAGGGGAGUUUGGAUUCUUUCACGCUAGAGGCGAUUGAAUUGGAAGAUCCAAACUGGGACACAGGCAAUUGGUUGUGCAGCCACGAGAAUGAGCGAGACUAGCUUUCAACAUUGCUCGUCUCUCUAUCUGCUCUCCAUGCAUUGAUCCAUUGUACAAUCCUUGCUACAUUUGACUCGAGAUCUUCUGUACCUUCGCUUUUCAGCUCGACGACAAUUUCUUGUGAAUAUGACGAUCGUGCCUCGUCUAGGACAACCUCCAUAAUUUCUGCUUCAUUAUUUUCUUGGAUUUUCUUGAGUGGAUAUCC